AUGGCAGCCGCUCUUUUACCUGCUGGCAACCAUCCACCACGCCCAAGGUCCAAGUUUCCUGUCCCAAAGCCAGCGAGCGAACUGUCGACCGGCGCCUCAUUUCUUGUUGAACCACCGCGAAUCCGAGGCAAAACCAUCCACACAAACGGCCAACCAGGGUCACGAUCAAUUUCUUGGGUCCCUGAACUUUCAAUUUUGGAAGGGCUUGGAAUGACAGGGGCUCUUCGUCUACGUUCCUCGAAAAACGAGGCCUCAGAGCCUCACAUCAAAGCCAAAUCUGGUCUCGUUCAGGCGAACGGCUCUCCCGCUUCCAAUACGAUCUCCUGGUCUGAUCUCGAGGAAUGGCAAAGAGACAAUGAGUACAUCAUUCAUGGCUACAGGAGGUUAACGCAUAGUUGGAAAGGAUGCUUCCACUCGGUUUUCUCAUAUCUGCAUAACGAAACUACAAACAUUCACUCACAUCUGUGGGGUGCAGUGCUUUUUGCAUAUCUGCUGGUCUCGUUUUAUCCAACCUAUGUCAACACACACCUGGGCGCAACCUGGAAGGACAUAGCUGUCAUGAACAUCUUUCUAUUCUCAGCUAUCUUCUGCCUCUGUGGGAGUGCUCUGUACCACACGUCAGGUUGCCAUUCGAAGGAGGUAGCGACCCGGUGUCAUGCUUUAGACUAUUCCGGGAUCGUCAUCCUCAUCGUGGGCUCGUUUUUUCCCUCGAUAUACUAUGGGUUUUAUUGCCAGCCUCGUUUUCAAUGGUUUUAUCUAACUGCGAUUAGCGUCAUGGGCGUCGGCGCAGCAUUUAUUGUUCUAGAUCCAGAAUACGCAAAGCCAACCCAUCGGGUUGCUCGCACUUCGGUGUUUAUUGCCCUCGGGCUCUGCGCAACUGCACCUAUAGGACACUUGUUGGUCACAACACAUGGAAUCAACGAGCUCAUGGACGACAUGGGCUUCGGUUGGUUGGUUGCCUCGGGAGCGCUGUAUAUCAUAGGCGCAGUAACCUACGCAGCCCGUGUUCCAGAGAGAUGGUCCCCCGGCACGUUCGACUACUUCGGGGCCUCCCACCAGUUGUUCCAUUUCUGUGUUGUCCUUGCCGCCCUUGCUCAUUUCAAGAGUGUUUUGACCGGUCUCGAUUACCGAAUGUUGAACCCAACUUGUGGUAUCUGA